CCAAGACACCCUCCAACAUGACACCGCAGCUAUCGUCUCUUUUCAUCUGCCUCUUCUACCGUCGCCAUACUUGUCAACACGUAUGUCCUGGGUGACAUUCCAACUGUCAAGCGCCAGAACGCUACGUGCCCUCUUACCACUUCCUCCACGUCCUCUCCACGCCUCUUUUCCCCUGCAAAAUCCUAGCCACUGACCACCGUCGUCAUCCUGCGUUCUCGUCCAACAUCCCAGGCAACCCUGAUAAACUCCAACUUGCUCAACAGCUCGAAUUAUCACUCUGCAAGACGCCGCCAGCUCAUCUCCUCUUCACCGAGUCUAAUAGCGAAAAAAAGACAACAAGAAACAAGUGCUUGACUCUACCGACUGACCAUCCUCGCAUAAUCCAUCCACCCUCAGUCCUCGGUCCGCGACUUCCGUCUCUGCUGGUCAUUGCUCAGACCUCCUUCCUCGUCAACAAUUGGAAUUGAUCACACAAUCACAAUCACGCGUUCUCUUCUUUUUCACACUUGGUUGUCUAUAUCCCUGACCAUGUUGCGAUCUCGAAUUCCAUAGUCAUCUACCGUCACCAGAUGACGACGCGGCAUCAUCCCCUCUCGUUCCUGGCCUGUCAACCGACAUGGCCUCCCUCAUCCAUCCAAUCCACUCGGCCAGCCAGAAAUGCCGCCCCAAACACCAAGUCCUCAUCCUCAAAUGCUAUCCGAAGUUCCAAAAGACCGUCCAAGAGGUCAAACCUAAUUCCUCUGAGCUGAGUUACCUCCUCUAUUAUGUCAGUACUCGUCGCCACAAGCUGCAAAAGGUCGGCGCAUUUCUCGAGAAGAAGAAUGCCAGCGACGUCUGGAAGGGAAGACUGGGCAACGUUCAAGUCACUCUCCAGAUCCUCACUGCCAUCAUUGACAAGACCCCUCGAGACCUCCCUCUCUAUGCCCGAUACCUUUUGACCAUUCUCGACUCGGUCCUUCGGUCCAAGGAUCUCAACAUGGUCGAAGAGACCAUCCCGACCUUGGAAGCUUACUGCAAACACUUGGAUGCUGCUUCUCUCGCUGCUGAUCAACAACGCGCUCAGCAAUAUCUUUCCAUCGUCCAGCUCUAUUCGGGCUUUGCGGCAAGAGACAAGAUCCUCGCCAACCCAUCAAAUGACCCAGUCCCGGUCUCCCUCCGUUGGCGCACCAUCGGUCUCCGGGCCAUCCGAGCCCAGGUCGCUUCCGAAGCCAUUGCCGCUGACUCAAGUCGCCAGUUGAAUCUUGUCAUGCCUGUCAUUCUUGACAACCUGUCUCUGGAGGAGGAUAAUAUUCUCGCUACCCUUCAACAGAGAGCGAGGACUAGUGAAAACAAGGACGAUGACAUUGCUCGUAGGAGGCGCAUGAGCAUCGCUACUGUCACCACUGUUGAUACCGUCGAGGGUGACCCGGCCACCGCAGUCGAAACUACCGCCGGCGCAGACAAAGUCGCCGAGGAGGAAGUCCAGGCUCUGGCAUUGCGAUGCUUGAAGCAGAUCUUCUCCAUCGGCAUCGGUAGCACAAGAGGUCAGACCCGGCUUGCCACUGCUCUAACCUUGAAGUUCAUCGUCUCCAAGAAUCCAUCCACCCAACCCAUUGAUGGCCUUCAGCCUGGCACCUGGGCCACUUCGCUGUUUGAGGUUCUUGCUCGUUGGACACCCGUGCAGGACCGCUUCAUCAUUGUUGUGACCGCCAUGGAAACCUUGAUUCGAUCACCAGUCUCCGAAUCUGUCCUGGAGAAACGUCUGGUGCUUGUCAGCCUGAUCGACUGGCUCUUGAGCUCCUCGGUCAAUCUCAUUGGACUGAGCGUCAUGGAUGUGCUUCUCGGUCUCAUCCAGCAUAUGCUAACCCUCUUGCAAUUGGGCGGCCCAAAUGCGCGCCUCUUUUCGCUUCAACAACACGACACCAUUGGCAUUUCUCGCGAGAUCAAAGAAGCCUUUGAACCCAGCGCCGUCAUGACUGACUUGCCGCCCACGGAAAAUGAUUCCAAAGUCCCAGUGACCGCGUCUCCCCUUCGCCGUGACCUGCUGGCACGGCUCCAGAAGUGCAUCGCGUCUCUCUCCACACAUAUCUACUAUUCAGACCAGAUCAGUGAUAUGCUGUCCGCCAUCUUGGCUCGCCUCAAGCCUUCUGCUCAAUCCGACACACCGACGACAGUAGCCGCCAUCGCUGACCCCGCCGCUGCUGCCAGGGCCAUUGCCGAAUCCGCGAGUAUUUCAGAGGAUUCGUCCUCGUCAACAUUCUUCUCCUUCAACACUGCCAGACUCGCAGCGGUCCAAGUGAUCAAAGAUGUUCUCUUUCGUGCAAACAGCAGACGUAACGCCACAGGCGCUCUGGUGGAGACUCGCGCUCGCGUCGGAGUUCAAGUCUGGGACGGCACACAAUGGCUGCUCCGAGAUGAGGACAAGGACGUGCGGGCCGCUUAUAUCGCUGCAUUGCUGGCAUGGUUGAAAUUGGAGACCAACAAAAGUGACACUUUGCUGCCCAAGGAUGGCCAUCGAAAGCCGGGAAUCGUCAAGAAGGUCGGGACACAGACUGCCGAGGGCAUCACAGCCAAACGCGCCGUCUCUGGCGCUUCUCGGAGGGAAGCGAAACCGUCUCGAUCUACCUUCGUACAACUCUUGCAUCUCGCCAUCUACGACAGCCUACUUGAUGAUCCGGAAGAUGAGCAUCAGAUGCUGUUACUGUAUCUCCUGCUGACCAAAUUGAUUGAACGCUUGGGUGUCAACGCCCUUCGAAGUGGGCUGCCUAUGAUAUUGAAGCUACAAGAAACUGCCUUGACGGGAGACUCGAUUUCCACCAUCGGACGUGUGCACAUUGCUAGUCUCGCCCAUGGUUAUUUGUGGUCUAUUGCAGAAAAGUUCGACUUUGAAAUGACAUCUGUGGGAAAUGAGAUUAAUGCCGAAAUUGGUCGCAGGAAGCGAUUUGGGGUCUGGUACGAUCGAAUCAAGUUUCCAGCACUUCCCGUCGAAGACAUUCUUCAGCUUUCCACAAUGACGGAGAAAUACUCGACAUACUCGGACGAAGCGGCUGGUACCCUGAAACCCUUUCUCUCGGUCAAGGAAAUGGUAGAUGAAAUUGGCACCGCGUAUGACAGUUCUCUCCUCACCCCGCCGACGUCCGCGCCCUCUUCACCAGGGCGUGUGUUUUCGGUUCCCACCUUGGGUUUCGGGCACGGGUAUGGAUUUGUAGCAGGCCCUAAGCCGUCACGGGAAGAACAACUCCCCCAGAAGGUCAAGGACGAGAUGUGUGCUGGCUGGUCACGUGAAUCAUGUAUUGCGGCGGUUGAAAAGGAAAGCACCGCCUCCAUGACUGGAUCUCGCACAGCUGCGUCUUCCAUGCCCAAACAUCAUCUAGCAGUCAAUGGCACUCGGAGGGCGGUAUCAACCAACGGAAAAGACUCACCAGUGGGGGCAAAUGGCUCCACGACUCCCACGUUCGGGAUGUUAGGUGGCCUGGGAAUGAUACCCAACCAUCGGCAUUCCAGCCUCAGCGGGUCACCUGUGAGAGAUCAGGGGACGUCGAGUCGAGACUCAACCAUCCGGGUGACGGAUCUGAAACGUGCGUUAUCAGGCCAUCCCGCUGGUGCGCGGAAACGUAGUCCAUUGCGGCGGUCAACAAUUGGAUCACGAAGAAGCACUGGGAGCAGUCGAUCGAGCAGUCUUAUGAGCUGGGACGGUGGUGACGAUGCCAAUGCGUCAGCCCUGGAUGUGCGAGCGGGAAAAGAGGACUUUCGAGUCACCAUACCGAAUCGGAGUAGUUCACGGCCGCAAAGCGCAGCGGCAACGGGGACUAGAGAGGGCACGUUUCAUGAUCAAGCAACCGUGACCAGUCCACGGGUGGAGGAAGAUGUGCCCCCUGUGCCCAAAAUUCCUUCCACGUUGAAUCUGCCAGGGACCUGGCCGAGAGAUAUUUCACCGGCCCGGUCUGAAGGGCAAAUUGUCGCGCCAAGCGCGGCGGAAAAUGGAGACGCCAGCAACAACCAGCCAGGAAAACGCGUGGUGAGCACGGCAUACUCGACGAGGUCUGGAAGGGAAGGUCAAAGUAUGAGAAAAAGCUCACGACCAGUCAGCAGGAAAAGCGUUGUACCUAUUCCAACAUCGCCAGUUGAAAAAUUCGAUGUAGGGUCACUUUUGGCUGGCAUCAAGUCUGUGGAAGGCGACGGCGAUGGCGAGCAACAAGAAGCUCAGAGGACGAGCAGACUGAUGAAGCCUCCGUACUGAUAGUGAGUGGAGUUGUGUGGCAGUGGCAUGCAUGCAACAUUGUAUAUUACAGCUAGACGGCUCUGUCAGUUGAUGCGUGAUUGGCGUUGAUCGGCGGAGGUCAAGCUCGCCUUUGUUGACUUGAUCAUCUUUGCGAGGGGAGUGAAGUGAAGUUGAAGCUCUUAUGAAGGAUGAUCUAUGGUUGGGAAGACGGCAUGUAUUAUAUGCAAUGUUGGAUGGGAUAGAGUGGGGGAAUUAAAUCAGGUCACUGGAAUGGUGAUCAUCAUCAGAAUUCUGAAAAGUUGACAGGGAGAGUGACUCUCUCGUUCAUUUGAUUACAACUUAUCGUCCAGACUCGUGUAGAAAUGUAGUAUAG